GCGCCGAGCGCGGUGGGAGAGGAGAGGGUACCCAGCUGGCUCGGCUGGCGGCCUCUGCCCGGAUCUCGGCGCCGCAGCCCUGCGCCUCUCCCGCCCUUCUCUCCGGCUCUGAGGCCCAGGCGCGGCGGAGGUGGCGGAGCCCUGGGCCACCGUAUCUGGAGUAGAGCAGAAAAAAUAGUAUGCCUGUGUUCCCUUGGGACUCAUUGGACAUUGUACAGUGACAUCUUCUGGGACUUAGUGUGGGGUGUGCGGACUGGUGCCUAAAAUGGAAGUGGAUGUUAAUGGAGAGACCAGAAGUACCCUGGCCACCCUGCCCUUGCCAGUGGCGGAGGCGAGCUCCCCGGGAAAGGCAGAAGCAGAGAAGCCGCGCUGUUCCAGCACGCCCUGCUCGCCGAUGCGCCGGACUGUGUCGGGCUACCAGAUUCUGCACAUGGACUCUAACUAUCUGGUGGGCUUCACAACCGGUGAGGAACUCCUGAAGUUAGCCCAGAAGUGCACAGGAGGUGAAGAGAGUAAGGGAGAAGCUGUGCCUUCCUUGCGCUCCAAACAGCUGGAUGCGGGACUUGCACGUUCCUCUCGUUUGUAUAAAACCAGAAGUAGGUACUACCAGCCAUACGAGAUUCCAGCGGUCAAUGGCAGGAGGCGAAGGCGGAUGCCCAGCUCAGGAGACAAGUGCACUAAAUCUUUACCUUAUGAACCUUACAAGGCCCUCCAUGGGCCCCUGCCUCUUUGUCUUCUUAAAGGUAAGAGGGCUCACUCCAAAUCUCUGGACUACCUCAAUCUAGAUAAAAUGAACAUCAAGGAGCCAGCUGACACAGAAGUGCUCCAGUACCAGCUUCAACACCUAACCCUCAGAGGGGACCGUGUGUUUGCUAGGAAUAAUACAUGAAUGACUUGCAGAGAGUGUAAACCAGUUUAGGUCAGCCUGUGCUUGGCUGGAAAAAUCCACUGUUGUACUCUGUACAGGACUCUUCAUGUUAUAGAUGGUUAUAUCAGCUCAGUGUUCCUGGAACAUAAAAAUUGUUUGGAUCAAAUUUCGAAUACAGGAAUGAAAUCACAGGUACUUGGGGGAAAAUCGUUCUAGAGCACGCAACUGCAAAGAAAACAGAAUGUUGGCCAUUAGUCUGUAUAGCUUUUUAGCUAGGAAAAAAGGCUUCGGUACAGUAAUACCAUCUUUAUGAUUCUGACACUCAAAUUGGGAAUGUUAUCUGCUUGGUUGUUGCUGACUUGGUAUGAUUCAUUAGAAAUUUAUAUCUUUAAGUACUCAAGUACUUCUUUAAUCUCUGUAUUUUACUAUAAAAUGUAUGUAAUGAUUUGUUUUACAAAAUUUAGAACUUGAACAUUGCUGAAUUGGACCACUUUUUAUUUUUAAAUAUUGAGUUUAAAGAUUUUAUAACUGGUUUUGCACUGAAAAAAAUUAACAUUUCAGAUUGACAAGAGAAUAAUCUUUCUUCACUUGCCUCAAUAAUACUAUUGAGCAAUGAAUUUUUUUAUUUCCGCAUGGAAAGUUAUUGAUCUCUAUGGCUGUAAAAUAUUUCUUUAUAGCAUUAUUAAAGUGUGUCUUAAUACAAUUAAAUUUGGGAUACAAAGUAUUUAUUUUACAAUGGGUGGGGGGAAGCUUUUCCAGAAAGUUUCCAAUAUGAACUUUUCAUAAGUUAAAAAAGUUACCUUAGUGCUUACUUUCUAAGUUAAAAUUCAUCUGGAACUUUAAAACGGAAAGGAUUCUUUUAAUUGUGGAUGAUAGGCAUAAUACUGUUUGCAUCUGAAUGUUCUGUAAGUGAAUGAAACUUUAAUAGAAGGACUCAUGAUUUCUACUCUCGAAUGCUUAAACUAAGUAUGAAGUGAUACCAUUCAGCAUGGCAUUGGGUCAUUCCAGUUUUAGUUCUGUGCAGCUCAGAGCGCUCAUUGAAAUUUCAGUUUCUAGGAUUAGUGUGGGAGCCUAAAGGGCUUCCACAGUUUUAAUGGGUUAAUCCUGGAUUAUUUAACAAUUUAUGUCAAUUGCACUGGUUUAAUUUGUUGCUAAAGAAAUAAUGCCCUGGCUUUAGUAACAAAUACAGCUCAACUAUUCUUGAAUAUAUUUUGAGGAAAAUGUAUGUAACUUAACCUUUUGUAAAAGUUUCUAUUUCUUUUUUCUUUGUUGACUCUUGAAGGUGCAAUUUAUUACCGAAUUGGCAUUUCUGGCAGCAUAGAACUGCUUAUUUUAAAUUUUAUUUUGGGGACUGUGAGUUUCUUAGGUGUUAGCAAUCUUGCUUAUAAAAUAAGAACACCUUUUAUUAAUGAGUGGGUCAUUCCUGGUGCAGAUAUGACUUUUAUUUAGCCAGAAUGAAUGCAAACUCUAUUUAGAACAGAGUAAGUAUUAGAAAACCCUAGGAACUCUUAAAUAAACAUUUAUUAUACUUUCACUGAGACAAAUCAUGUGAAAGAGCCUUGGGGAAGUUGACCCAUUUCUUAAGACUGAGUUGAUCAGAUUUCUUGGUGGGCUGGAAAUUUUCAGCUGUUGUAUAUUUCAAAGUAAAUUGCACCUUUGUAACAUAUUGUAUUGACGAAUGAUCACUAAGAUUAACUAUAUCUAUACAGUCAUUAGUUUGACAAGAAAUAGAAUCCUGUCAGAUGCCAAAGAGUUGGGAUUUUUACGUUUAAUGAUUAAACACCGUUAUUUAUUGAUGAUUUACCCUGUGGAACUGUGUUAUUUCUAACUAUGAAAUAAAAGGGUGAUGUAAACACACA